AUGGCGAAGGCGCAGGUGGCGGCGGCGAGGUUCAUGACGGAGGUGGCACCGCCGCCGGUGGUGUCGGUCAUGCGGCGGAGGAAGGUGCCGUGGUGCCUGGACACCAUCGCCGAGGAUACCAUCGCCGAGCAGCUGGUGGCGUGCGGGUCACCAUCGGACUACGGCUUCGCGGCGGCGUGGUCGAUCAAGAGGAUGCCGACGCCGCCGCAGCCGCGGGAGCGCGCGGGCGGGUUCAUGACGAGGGAUCUCGGCAAGUACUUCUCCGACGCCCACGGCUGCCAGGCCAGCCACCGGCGAGCCGUGCAUGCGCAGGAGUUGCACAAGGUCGGAGCUUGA